AUGAGUGGGAGCAAUAGGAAAGCCCGUUGUAGUGGAAGAGGAUUUAGUGUUACAAGGUCGGACAUAACCGUGGCUCCCAAUCCCAAACAAAGAAGGCAAUUAUCUAAGCAAGGAGUUCCUCUAACUCAUGAUUUACAUGUACAAGAGGUUGUUCACAGGCAGUCUCAAAUAAUUAAUCCUUGUACCAAGCCUAAGCUACAGUUCCAUCCAACUUUCCUGAAUGAUUCCUAUGAAAUGUGCAGAAAUAUCUGCGCCGAAUAUGCCAAGACCUUCUAUCUAGGAACCUUGCUUAUGACGGAAGAAAGACAGAAAGCUAUAUGGGCAAUUUAUGUUUGGUGCAGGAGGACGGAUGAGCUGGUUGAUGGUCCUAACGCUGCGUAUAUGAGCUCUUCUGUUCUUGAUAGGUGGGAAGAUAGGUUGGAAGACAUUUUCAAUGGACAUCCCUAUGAUAUGCUUGAUGCUGCUCUUACUGAUACCCUCUCCAAGUUUCCGUUGGAUAUUAAGCCUUUCAGGGACAUGAUACAAGGUAUGAGAAUGGAUACCAGGAAAUCCCGCUACAACAAUUUCCAAGAAUUAUAUCUUUACUGUUACUAUGUGGCGGGAACUGUUGGUCUAAUGACUGUACCAAUCAUGGGUAUCGCACAGGAGUCUGUCAUCCCUGUGCAAAGUGUAUAUGAUGCUGCACUAUAUCUGGGGAUAGGAAAUCAACUCACCAACAUUCUUAGAGAUGUCGGUGAGGAUGCAUUAAGAGGUAGAGUGUACCUUCCCCAAGACGAACUAGCCCAGUUUGGAUUGUGUGACAAGGAUGUGUUUUCAAGAAAUGUGACUGAAAGAUGGAGAAAGUUUAUGAAACAUCAAAUUACGAGGGCAAGAAUCUACUUCAACCGGGCAGAAGAAGGAGUUUCUCAGCUCGAAAAGGCCAGCCGUUGGCCAGUUUGGUCCUCAUUAAUAUUGUAUCGUAAGAUCCUAGAUGCAAUUGAAGACAACGAUUACGACAAUUUGACUAAACGAGCUCAUGUGGGACGAGCCAACAAAAUUUUUACGUUGCCUCUAGCUUAUACUAGAUCCCUCUCUAAUCGCAAAACCAAAUCUCGUCUUUCUUUGAUAAGGCUUAUUUAG